AUGGCAUUAACAUAUGAUUUCGACUCCUGUUAUCAAAAAUCAGGGCAAACAUUUGCUGAAUGGAAAGCUGCAUUAUGUGAAAAACUACGUCACUGUCGAUAUACUACAUCUGCUUUAAAAGAUAAACCACGAGACCGUGCUCUUCAAGCUAUGCACGUUAUUGCAACCGAAACGAUAUAAACAACAACAAAGUAACUCAUUCGUAAAAAAUGAAUACAAACCAUGUGAAACAUGUAGUUCAACUAAAUAUCUUCGAUUAAAAUGCAAAUAUUGUGAGUUUACUUGUAACUUUUGCAUAAGAAUCGGUCAUUUAGAAAAAGUAUGUCGACAAAAGAAAAACGAAAAGAAUUCUACGAAACAUAUUUCAACGAUUCAUAAAUGGGACUGUUUCAAUCAAACGAAGCAAUUAAUUGAGGUGUGGGCAUAGUUGUUGACUGAAUUCAUACCCACACCCAAUAAAAAAACUUAAUGAAAAAGCUCGAAUAUGUGGUGAUUUCAAGAUGACAAUUAAUCCUCAAAUAUUGAUUGAUCAACAUCCGAUUCCAACGAUUGAAGAACUCCUUACGAGACUUAAUAAUGAACAGAAAUUUACUAAAUUGAAUUUAUCAGAUGCUUAUCUUCAAGUGGAAUCAGAUGAAUAAAGUAAAAAUUUAGUUAUUAUUAGUACACCAUUAGGUUUAGGGUGUGGGUGUUCAUUUAACGAAGUGCCACAUCUACAUCCAACAUCCACACUCUUAAAUCAUAGAUAAUUAUUUAAAUUUCAUCUCAACCUUAGAAUAUAUUUCAAAUCUAGACUUCUAGAAAUAUUUUAUUAGAAAAAAAAACAAUCUCACCCUUUUUAGUAUGAUUAUGAUGAGUAUUUUAGAAAAAUGAUAUGUCCGAUUUUUUCUAAUAAACAAGUUAACGCGACACAAACGUUGCCGACCCUCUACUGAAAGGAUAUGAUGCUGCAGAGAUUGGGGUAUUUGAGCAGGAAAAUACAAUAACUAUUGUAUUGGUAUACAUACUGGGUAAGGAC